AUGAGUUCAGCACCAUCCUCGAGCCAGUUGGUGCUACCUUCUACUCGUGAGCAAGCAACAGGGACUCCACAAGAAGAACAUGCUCUUCAUCGUGAGCCUCGACUAAGCGUGGCCAAAAAACAACUUAUCCUUCAAUUUCUUGACCGUAGGACGACGUAUGGUUAUCUUCCACGGGGCUCAUUUCUUGCAGCAUCCAUAAAAUUCAACUACACCCCAAAAACUAUUAGAAAACUAUGGCACAAGGCAAUUGCUGAUGUUCAAGCACAAAAACCAAUUCGAUAUGAGAGUUACUACAAAAGCAAAUGUGGAGCUAAAUACACACCAAUUCCAGCACAUAAAAUCACAGCAAUAGAAAUCAAAAACAGGACAUCAUUCAGAUUAAUGGGAAAGCACUUGGAUCUGGCUGCCUCAAUAGUGCAUAGACACAUGAAGCAAGGAGAACUCAAGCCACACACCAACCUUUUGAAGCCAGGUUUGACUGAACAUAACAAAAGAGCAAGAAUUUCUUAUUGUUUAAACUUCAUCAUGCAAGGUACACACACCACAAACCCCACAUAUUAUGAUAUGCAUAAUGUAGUUCGUAUAGACGAAAAAUGGUUUUAUCUUACUAAGAAAGAUCAGCGUAUGCUUUUGGCACCAAAUGAAGUUCCACCACAUCGGGCUGUUAAAUCAAAAAAUUUCAUACCAAAAAUCAUGUUUAUGGGUGCAGUAGCAAGACCUAGGUGGGAUAGAGAGGGAAAUUGUACAUUCGAUGGUAAACUAGGCCUAUUCCCUUUCACUAUGGAAGUGCCCACAAAGAGAUCAUCAUGCAACAGACAAAGGGGUACAAUGGAAACAAAACCUAUCAAUAAGGUCAACAAAGAUGUAUUCAGGAAGAUGAUAACUAUGAAGAUUAUUCCAGCCAUAAUGGAAAAGUGGCCUCAAGAGGAUUCAGAAAAAGUAAUAAUCAUCCAAGAAGACAACGCAAAGCCCCACUGUGGAGCAGAUAUCCACGAGUUCAUUCAAUCACAUAAUCAAAAUGGAUUCAGAUUCUUUUGGGCACCACAACCACCAAAUAGUCCCGACUUAAACAUUUUGGAUCUUGGUUUUUUCAGGUCAAUCCAAUCAAAAUAUGAAAAGAGCAUGCCAAAGAAUGUUACAGUUCUUAUUAAGGAAGUUGGGCAGGCGUUCAAUGACACACAUCCAAACACUCUAAGUAACGUCUGGUAUUUAAUUCGCUACAAUAUUGCAUGUGUGAGGUUAUGA